AACCAAACAAAUUCCGUUCUUCCGACGAGGUUGUCUUCCGGCAAGUGAACGUUUGUUCAGUUUUAAUCCAUCUGCUUUGAACCGAACAUGUCGAACCGAGCCGUGGCCACGUUUGAAAAACCUCUGCAACAUUUGAGUCUUCCGGAUUGGCAUUCCCGGUUGAAUCAGCUGAAAAAUGCCGCCUACGGGAAGCGCUCGGAUGCGUUCGAGCUGCGACAUUUGGCGCGAAAUUUGAGAAAUGAGACCAGGAUACAGACCUACUGGGAUACGUACCACAAUAAUGAUAAACUGUCGGACCGGGUGGCGGAAUUGGAUCGAUGGCGGGAGACGAUGCGGAUUUUGCUGAAACGGGUGGAUGUUGAGAUUGGCUCGUUGAAAGAGGAGAAGGCCUGCACGGAGCGGGAUCUGGAUGCGUUGCUGAUGCCGUUGACGGUUGUGACGGAUAGCAUUAGUAUGCGGGAUUGUCGAUUGGGAUCGGAGUUGACUUAUGACGAAGGUGAUACUGAGUUGAAGAAUGAGCUGUGCAUUGUAGAGAAUAACCAGCGUCUACUGAGGGAUCAGAACCAGGGUGCUUGGGAGCAGUUGAAUCGGCUCCAGGAAGUGAAGUUCAAGCUGGAACUGGAUUUGACCGAUAAAGAUGAAGCGCAGGGAAUCGAUCAGCACCAGCUGGAGGUUGACAAGCAUUGCGCAAACGUGACAUUCAAGACAGACUCAACAAGAGUUCCUAAGAACUCUUGUACUUACAACAAUUGGUUGGAGUACUGUGAAGAAUUAGUUUCGCUGACUGAGAAAACACUCUCCGAUUCGGCUGCCGUCAGGGAGUCUUUGUUCGCUACACGUGAAAAGGCGAGGAAUAUUUUGAAAAGCCAACAGGAUCGUACCACGCACACUUUACGUAAACGGAUUUUUGAAACUCAACGUGCAAGAAAUGAGCUGGAGUAUCAACAAGGGAAGAUGAAGGAAGAAAUGGACAAGUGUUCAUCGGAAAUCGAAACUUUGGAAAGAGCCUAUGCCGAUAAAAUUGAAGCAUUGAAAGUGGUUGAGACCCGCCUGGAAAAUCGUGCCCAACGUUCCGGAAUGGAGCUCUGCAUCGACGAGUCUUAUCAUGGACUUUCCGACGAGGUUCAAAAACUUCGCGAUACUAUCAAAGUCCUUCGCGAAAAGAUCAACGCCGCCAAGACGAUGUACAACAGCCUGCACGAGCUGGCCAAAAAGAUCGAUCAAGAUUUGGAAAACAAGCAACAUGCUCUCAUGACCGAUAUCCGGUCCCUGGAUCUUCGUGCUCGGCUCAACACCGGGGAAUUCGGCGGAAAACCCACACAAACCGAUCGUAACAUUCAUCUGUCCCGGCUGGAGGACGAAAUUCCCAAAUCGUAAAUCAACUGAGCACCUGAUCGGAUCGGAUCGAUUAUCGUUGGCUCGGGUCAUUGUAUCAAAUCGCGUGCUCCAAUUUCACCACUUUGUUUGCACUCUCUGCUUUUUCUCACCUUUCCGUGAUUGCAUGUCCAAAUAAGAAACAGGUUCAUAUGUGCUGAUUUUUUUUUGCUGGCAUGCAAAGCGCCACAAACUGACACUUGCACUCAUUCAGCUGGUUGGUGGUUUUGUAGGAUUUUUUCGAUAGUGGAGCUAAUAUGUCAGUAGGUAUACCGACAAUGCGCGAAAAACCGCUGGCUUUUAUUGAUUUCAGCAGCACAACAUAAAUUACCAAUCACUUCGGUGCACUUCAGAAGGAAAUCUGUUCAACGUGUGAUUUGAAAUAAAUUGCUAGUUUUGCUU